GAGGAGCUGGAGCAGUACCUCUCCAGUCCACUCGAGCAAGUGGAAGAUGUGGUACGGUGGUGGGGGCAUCAUACUGCACAGUACCCCGUCCUCUCUCGCAUGGUGCGUGACUACCUGGCAAUCCAGGGCUCGGCGGUUGCUUCUGAGAGAGCAUUCUCCAGUGGUAAUAUGAUGGGUACCAAACUUCGCAACCGCCUAACGCCGGUUAUAUACGAAGCACUGCAGAUUCUCAAGAGUGCCUAUCGGAAUGGUUACCUUUCUGCUUCUGAAGAAGUA